AUGGUCGAUAUCGAUGACGGUACGAGAGAAAAAGAGUCGGACAGACUACCAGGUUAGUGUUUGAAUUUGAAAAAUAGAAUAACAUUUGGUCAGUGAAUAACUUAUUUAUUAUUAUUUAGUAUUAUUAUUUUCGUUUUUGGUUGAAUACGAAAAUAUAGAAAAAAAUGUACAUGUCACAUUGCCGGUUACGUUGCUGCUCGCGCUGCUCAGUUUACCGCUCUUGACGGGAGCGUCGGGCAGCGUCAGCGCGAGUGACGUGUUUACAUAUUUGCGCUGCCCAUUUUCAUGCUCACUUCCCUGCUCACUGCCACGGAAGUGGGCUGAAUGUAAACUAGGUAUGUAAUAUUGUUGAAACCAAAUUGUAUAUAGGUUGUAAAUGAUAAAUUAAAAUAUUACCUAGGUAGCCAAUCCAGUUUAAAAAUAUCGACCUAUAUCCAAUUUGUUGAACACUAUACACCAGAGGUUCUUAAACUUUUCAGGCCAGGCUCCCCCCCACACCUUGGUCUACCCCAGACGUGAGCCGCCUCCCCAUCAUGAAAAUAAUUUUAAUAGUCACGUUUAGAGUACCGAAAAGUUAAAAACAAACAACAAAUAUAGGAUAAUUUUGAUAUUCACAUUACAAAUUUAUUUUAAAAUAAAAUGUAUUCAUUAUAAAAGGUAUUAAUCAAUAGGCUACUUUUAAUGUGAUGGUUGGGCUUGUUUUGUGACAUUUGUGACACUGGCAAUGUUUACGUCACGGUUGUAGAUAGUAGGUCCAUGCCAACAAUCGAGGUUUACACCAUAGAGUUAUAAUUAAUCUAGUUACUCUAUCAUGGUUUACAUUUUACACCAUAGAUAAUAGAGCUAUUAACAAAUGUUUGUUAUUCUAUGGUCUAUGCCAUAGACUACGGCUUACACUAUAUUCUGUUUAUCACCGCGCCAUAUUCAUAAUACGCGACAUUAGUGAUAACGAUGUUCCGAGGAGAUUACCCAUCGGGAUGCCCUAUAUUUAUAACAUUACAGAUUUUUUAAUUUUAUUAAAAGUAAACAUAUUUAAAAUGAUCUUUUAGAAUAUUAUGACGUAAACGAGAUUUGUAAUUCAUAACAUUAUUUUAGUACUGAAAUUCAAUAUAAUUUAAAUAAACAAAUAAAUAUAAUUCGGCGGGAAAUUAUUGUGAAGAAAUUCUUCUUGGUUAGGUUAGAAUAAAAUUUCCUAAACAUUUUUUCGAUUUUAAUAUGUUAUAAAGCUAAUAAGUUCUAGAUUAAAAAAUGCAAUGCUGGGUAUUUCAUUGCAAACAUAGUGAAAAAAGUUGUACAUUUGUAAUUUGUCUACCAUUUGGAAAAUUAGGUUCAAAUAGAUUAAGUUAUUAAAGUCAGUAUAAUACCUACUUUCUAUUUACUAUCUUGUUUUAUGGAUUAAUACUCAAGAAUAUGUAAUAUUCAUGACCUACAGGCUACAAUCUGAUAAAUAUUUUAGAUUCUGAGUGUAGUGAGGAAUGUAUUGGUUUUAUGAUGAUGUUUAUUUUUAAAUGUACAUGCCAGUAUUUUUAAUUUGUUAUAGUAAAAAGGUAACUUAGGUUAAAAUUAGUAAUAUUUUUUAAUUUGUGUAAUUUAUUAGUUUUUGUAAUUAGUAAUAGUAUUAUAGUUCAUACACUUACAACUAUAAUUUGAGGAAAUCUUUUUAAAAAAAAUUAAAUUAAAUCAAACGUUUACAAUAAACAGUUAUACAUUUCGUAAAAAGCGUAAUAAACGUGAUAGCACGCCAAAAUCGUAUCAAAUAAUUGGCGCAAAGUAAUAAGUGGUUUGAACCAUACAUACCAGUGUCGUUUCACCACCUACAGGAGUGCGUAUAUAUGUAUAUAUCUUUAAUCGUGGUUAAAAGAGCACUAUCCGGCGAACUAACUUGGUUUCUUAACGCAAAUGGGGCGUGUCAGUGAAUUCCCUAAAACGUCCCGUGUACUUUCUGAACGAGUCUGGCGACUCUGGAAAACGUUUAUGAACGCACUCUGGCAUAAGGUGGUUUUGAGGGCUAUUUUAUUUUUAUAAUACUGGUAAGCAAUCGCAUUUUGAUAACGAAGUUGUUCUUCUAGGUAUUAUAACCACGAUUUAAGAUGUCUUAAACCGUGAUUAUAACUACAUUUGUGUAGUACAUAGUACAUACAACUCUAUACCUUAGAUCAUGUGAUCUAAGCUCGAUAAAUUUAUUUAUUUAUACGUUACGUCGUUAUCGUCUUAUCAUCGGCCGUCGCUAUUCGUUCGCAUUCAAACACAAACACAAUAUUAGCACGGACAUUUCAAAACUUCGAUCGACCAUAUUUAUUUAUAGUCGGAACUUGGUACAUCUCAACAAGUAUAACUAGGUACUCAUUGACUACGUGCUCGCAUAAUAUUUAUCAGAUAAAACAAAUCUUAAUGUUAUAAACUAUAAAUAAACUAAAAUAAGUACUUUUUAAUACAUCUAUAUAGACCUGUACAUGUUGCAUACAAUAUAAUAUUUGAUAAUUAAAUUACGAGUUAAUUAAAAAUAAUCAUUUUAUCGUUGUAUAAAACAUCUUUUAAAACAAAUGCUGGAUAUGGUUUCAACGCCAAAUAAUUUGACUUAACAUCCCUCCAUAAUUUGAUACCAUAAAAUCCCUUCCGAGUGAAUUGGAUGGGAUUUUCCUCAAAUUAUCCUCGAAUUAUUCCAAGCACAACCAAACUUUGGAGACGGUCUCUUGAUCACCUCAAAACCACUCUCACUAAAUUUAGUGUCAAUCGGAAGAGAUAAAAAAAGGGACGACUCUCUAAUACACCCUUAUAGAAGGAACUUUACGGGGGUCCAAGCCUAAUUUGUUCGCGUUUUAACUACUCUCUUAUAUCAACAAAUCAUGCAAAGAUAUACUUGAGGUAUAAAUGCCCUUCCGAUCAUGAUGAAAAGCCAUCCAUUUUUAUCCCUUUCGAUUGAUACUAAAUUUGGUGAGUGGUCUUGAGGUGACCUAGAGACCAUUUCCAAAGUUUGGUUGUGAUCCGAUGAUUUCCGGACUAAGUCCCUUGGAAAGGAUUUUAUAGUAUCAAAUUAUGGAGGGGACUUGUAUGGGGCGCCAAGUCAAAUUAUUUGGCGUUGAUACCAUUUCCUUAUCGCUAAAUCUCGCCGAGAUAUACUUAAUCCAAAAAUCAGAAGUGGGAGGGGGUACUUUUAUAUGAAGUGCACCUAACAAUCCUAUAUAUAUAUAUAUAUAUUGGUGAAGAUCCCGCACGGGUACGUUGAAAAACUACCAAGUUAUGGUGAUUAAAUGCUCUAGGAAUUUCAUACCUCCCUGUAAAGUAUGGUAAAUUGGGGGGGGAGGCAUAUAAAUACUAAAAUUAUUGUACCGAAGGGCAGGAUAAUGCUAGGCUAGGAUAAUUUUAGCUCGGCAAAUGAAUUCGUGGUGUAUAAACAUCCUAGCAUAAUCGUACCGGGAGGGGGGGUAUGAUGUUCCUCGGUACGAAAUGCCUGUGACACCGGAAUUGCCCGACCUUAUCAGAUCUUUCGAAGACCAUGGUCAAAACACUGUUAUUUUGGUCUUGUAGAAUUAUGGGAAUUUGAAUCAAGAACACAAUAAUAACUGCGAUAAUAAUUUAUAUGAAUGUAGCUGGAACAUUAUCAGCUCCAAUUUCUAAGUUUAGUUACGAUUUCUUCGUUAUCCCUCCUUAGAAAUAUAAUAAAUUAUCUAAUCUAACCUAACCUAAAGGCUGCAAAUUACAUUAUUGCCUAUUGGUCGUCUGUCAAUCGUCAUUCGUCAUUUCCGUUUUGUUUUCUCUUACUUUAUUAUUUUCACUGCUGUCGAUUUAAUUAUUAAAAACGUAGUGCAUUUUCAUGUAUCGUUUAAUUAAAUGUUAUUAGUUUAAAAACGACAUAAAACGUGGUUUUACUUUUUAAUCGCCGUUUUGAUGAGCCGUGGAAAAUAUCGUUUUGCUGACCCACGUGUUUAUUGAUGGCUGCUCCCCCGCUGUUCAAUAGUUAGUACCUAUUUGACAAGUUUUAUUUGUAUUAUAUAAUUCUAGUGAUCACGACUUUGUUAGGUAGAUACGACCACUUAUUAAAUUAUUUUACUUAAUAUAGGUACUACAUACCUACGUAAGUAUUGAAUAAUCAUUAAAAGUAAUUUAAUUAAUAAAAUACAAAUUACCUACCAAGGAAUUUAUUAAAUAGGUAGAUAAUUCCUUAUUAAUAUUGUGUUUUUAUAAUAGGUAUUCUAUUAUCAUGUUAUAAUGUGUUUCACUAAGUAACUGCUAAUUUUUUUUUUUACCAAUUUUAAGCACCUACAGUGCUAUUACGACACACGUGAUAGUAAAUUGGGUUGAAGUCUGACCCUUCUCGCGUUUUUCGAUAUUUUGACAUUUUUUUUUCUGGGUACCUCAAGAGACUUCAGGAACAUUGACUCGUACCUAUAUAAUCAUUAACAAACAAUUAUUUUACAUUAAAGUCUAGCUAACUUAUAUGGAUAGUUUUAAUAACUAUAUAGAUUUUAUCUAUUGAUCUCUAUAGUUAUUUUACAUAAUAUCAAAUUUAACGCUAAAAUAAUCAUUUUAUGUAUAAUCAUACAUGACUAAAAACCAAAUGACUUAUUGUAAUGUACUUACCAAAGUAAUCGCUACACACAAAAUCCUUAAAAUUAUUUAAAAAAAUUUAAAUAUAUUCAGUAGUGCUGCCAGUACAAUACUGGUGUUCUAGUUCACUCUUGCUUAGAAAGUAUUUCCAGUCAUUCUGGAUUUAAUUGACAUUCAUCACUUAUAUCUUGUAUUUUAAAUAUUUAUUGUAUUUGAUUUUAUUAAAAUUGUUCUUUCAUCAUUUGCCACCAAAUAGCCUUUGCUACGGAAAUGUUCAACUUGCAUUACUUUUUACGUCUGACAAAUAAAUUUUGUUCAAUCUUAACAGUGCAAUCAGCAUCUUCUAUCUUUAAAUCACAAUUUCCAUACACAUACUAAUCUAAAAUAGUUAUUUCAGUCUACUACAAUAGAUUUCCUCUUACUAAAUUUGUGUUUGCAAAAGUCCACCAAUAUCAGUUCAUAAGUUCAACCAUAAAUAAAAUGAACAAUAGUUAAUAACUUUAAAAUUUUAUCAGUCAUUCUCAACAUAGAUUUUUACCCUUGUUUUACCUAGACCAGAGGUCCCCAUAAUUUUAAUUUCGUAUACCACUUAUAUUUAUUAUGAAUCUGUCACCUCCCACAUAAAACUAAAAAUUGCAUAAUUCAUAAUGUCUACAAUAAUUUAAAAAUUAUAUAAGAGUAUAAGAUAAUAAGAUACUUUAAUAUAAAUUAUAGUAUUAGGUCCAUUAAAAAACUUUUGUACGAAUAUUGAUUCAUUUAUUUUCUGUACUAUUACCAUGCAGUCUUCUGCGAACUACCAUGUUACCUACCACAUACCACUAGUGGAACACAUACCGCAGUUUGAUCACCAUAGACCAAGACACUAUCUCAACCAAUCUUUUUAACAAGCUCUUAAAUUAUUAAUUUGUUUUUUUAAAUCUUUUAAAAAUGGCCAGCAAAACAAGUGAUCACUAUCUAUAUAGAUUUUCAAAAAGCAUUUUUACAAAAUGAAUCACACUUUACUCUCACAUAAAAGCUUUUGAAAUUAGAUUCAAUCAUAUUUAUUUAACUGAAUACAAAUUGUUCAGUUUAUCUGUUAGAUGAGUUUCAAGUAUUGGCAUGGGUCAACCUAAUCUAACCUAACCUAACCUAACCUAAUCAUUGGCAUGGGUCUCAUAAAUGAUUUGACUGCUAUUUUUAAUAAUAGGCACCUAACAUAUAAUUAUUGUUUUUUUUAUCAAUAUUAAAUUUUAUAGUUACUCAAAUUUUUUUGUUUUUGUAUGAUUAAUUAAAUAAUAAUGUUUUAUGUUGUGAGUUUUUAGCUCAAAUAUAUUUUUGAAUUCCCUCCUUUUAUUCUUUUAAUCGCAAUGUUUUUAUCACUACAUACUCUUAGACCCUCCGCACACGAGGCGAUUCACACGCGACCGGCAGUGCUGAUCGCUUGGCAGUUGUGUCGCACGGAUCGCGCGUAAUUACAUUUUUAUUUUCCCUACAUUUUAUUAUUUAUUUAUACAUAAUUUUUACUAUUGAGGUAUUCAAUAUUAAAUUUGUUGGUGAAAUUGAAAAACAUCCUGAACUCUAUAAUUUUUCCAAAAUUUCCUUUGAAGAUUCUUUUUUUGCUUUUUUCCAUAAACCAACGUUUUGUACAAAUAGUACGUAUCAAUCGCUUCUUCGUCACUAGACGAACUUGACAUUUUAAAAAAAGGUAACCAAAGAACUGCGCAAACGUCAGUAAACGACUGAUAAUAACCGAAUAAUACAUAAACAACGAUAAUAAUAAUUGCACGACAAUCGCCAUCGUGUGCUCCUCCGUAAUCGUACAGAUCAUUCGUAUCGCAUGUAUCGUCAGAAUCGUGUCGCGUUGCAAUCACCUCGUGUGCGCAGGGCCUUAGUCUAAAAUUGGUAAUAACUCCUUUUUAAUUUGAGUUUUGAAAAUUACAAAUAAACCUAGUUUUUACUACUUUAAAUAUGUUGAUACUUUUAUAUGGGACCCAGUAAAUUGCAAUGUACAAUUUCACCAUAAUGCCACACAUAUACAACAUAUUCAUCCCCUGAUUUCUUUUUGGGGAUCUGUCUUGUCACUUCUGUGUUAAAAGUUUAAAAAAAAUCAUGUUUUUUCUCUCCUGCAACAAUUGGUGAGAUUCAUAUUAAAUUUCAACCCAACUUUUAUCACUUCAAACCACCUAUAAAAUCACUAAUUUUUGAGUUUAGUUUGGCUCAUUUUAUCCAGAGUGAGUUAAAAGUGUAUACAAUUGCAGGAAAAAGUAAGAUAUAUUAGGCAGGUAUAUAUUUUUAUUACAUUAUAGUACAUCACUGUGAUUAAUUUAAUUAAUUAUUUAAAAUUAAAAUUAUGUCAAAUUUAUGAAUGAAAAAUUUAAUUUUGUGUGUCAGAUUGUGGGUCUGAACUAAACCAGAGUGGCAGGGAAUAUUUUCUGAAGGUCAACUAGAUCAAUACUGAUUUACCUUUUAUUUAUAUAAUGUGACUAGAUUAUUCGUUAGAAUACUAUAAACAAUAUUUAGAACUACAUUGAAUUUCAUUUUUAUUGCUUUUAUAAUUUGUUGAAAUUAAUUUUCUUUAGUAGUUGCAACUCUUCAACUUUUAAGUAUCAUUGAAAUUCCCUUGUCACAUAUCAAUAUAUAUAUAUCUGACGAUUCUCUACUCUCUAUCUAACCACACUUAAUUCUAUGUACAUAUAUUUUUUUUUUCUUUUGGUUGAAAAUAUUCUCUAAAUUGUUAUGCAAAGCCAUCAUAAUUAGAUCACAGGUUAAAAACAAAUUAAUUUAGGGUAAAUUAAAGUGUUGUGUGUAUGCGUAAAAAACAAAAACUUUAAAUCGAAACUAAAUCCAUCCAGCCAAUUUCUAUUAUUCUAUUGCUCCCAGGGUCAAAAAGUAUGAACAUUUUUUUUUGUAAAAUUGUGUGGCUACUAAAUUUAAAUUAUAAAAUAGUAAUAUUUUUAAUGUGUGUUUCUGUACUUUUACAUCUUAGAAAAAUUUUAAAAUAUAUUUAAAUUGUUUAGAAUUAUCAUUUCAACUUACACAAUUGAAUGACAAAAUGGAGAAGUCUUUAGUUCCUGUUGUCUGUAAUGAGCUGUAUGUUACUCAUGCUGAGUACCAAGGAUGUUUUAUAAAAAUUUGGGCAAAUUCGUAUUCCAAAAAAAAAGGAAAUUUGGAAAGAGAUUUACAAGACUACACAAGCUAUUCUAAGGUAUUUAUAUAUAGUAUGGUUUGUAUACAACACUAACAACAUGGGAUAUAAUAAGUUUUAGUUUGGUUUUCUGAUUUUUUUAAUUAUUCACAGCGAGUAGAUAUUUUAUUGUUUUUUCUGUGAUUAACAAUUUAAUUAUUUUUUUGAUAGAAUGUAUUACCUCGCGGUCACCUUUUUUUUUAAAAAAAAAAAAACUUUACAUUUUUGUGUUUUGGAAACAAUAUGAUACAUAGCUUGAAAACUGAACAUAUUAACAUAAUAAUUAUGUAUCUAAUAUAAAUAAAAGAAACCAAUAAAUAAAUUCUUACCAUUUUCUAAAAAUUAACUGCGUUGUAGGUAUUUUUCUGUUAACCAAUAUUAAAAAUAAGAAACAUGAACAACUUAAUUGAGUCCACCAAGACUGUUUAUCGUCACUUCCUUCUUGAAGUAUUAUGCAAACAUUAAGCAUAUGAUGUUUCACACUUAUGUUUUGAAUUUUUCUAAAUAUUAAUCUAUUUUUCAAUAAUUGUCUUAAAUAAUAUUUUAUAUUUAUUUUAUGAUGGAUUUAAAUAAAAUAGUUCAAAUUAUUGUGGCACUCUCAUCAGAAAACUUGUGCAAAUAUUUAUAUAAGUAUUUAUUAUUUGUUUAGGAAUUCACUAAAUUAGAUUUAUAUGGAAAUACAAUGUAUUUGUAUAUUUGGAAAAAAGAUUCUUUAAUAAGAGUUUAUAGAUGUCAAGUGAUUGCUUCAGAUCUUUCAACAAAAACUCACACCAUAGUGCUUAUAGAUUAUGGUCAAAAAUUAGUUGUUCCAUUUGUUGAUGUUCGAGAACUCGCCAAGAAUGUAGAUCAUUCAUUGGCAAUCGGUUUGUCCCAAAGAGUUACUGUAAUCACAUUUUUAUUAAGUGGAUAUUUAAGUAAGCAAGCUAAAUCAAACCAAGGAUUAAUUCAAAUUUUGUGCAAUAAAUAUUACAAAUAUCGAAGAGACUUUGAAGUUGGUGGUAUGACAUUUGUAACAUUAUUUGAUGUCAACAAAAAGAUACUAGACAUUGGCGUAAUAAACGCUAUUGAUGUUGGAUCAAUGAUGUCCAUUGCUAAAAGUAUGCCUUCAAUAAUAUCAUCAAACAAUACCCUUGACAUUAUUCAAAGUUGCCCCAUUCCAAGCAAAGCCCAACAACUAUGUUCUUUUUUGAAGUCUCAGAAUUUGGUUUAUGCUGAUUAUACUGAUGUAAUGGUUACAGAAUUUGCUGUUGAUGAUAAUAUAAUCCUGCUAACAAUCAGAACAAUUGUGAGUAAAUAAAAAUAGUAUUAAUUUUAAUACAUGUUAUUUUUAUGCAACUCGUUGAUUUUUUGAUUUUAAUUUAGGAUAGUGAUGAUGAACUGUUAAACCGUAUGUUGAGUACAUUAGACAGGCAGAAUUUAAAAUUGGCACCGGUUAUUGAAGCAUAUACUUCUUGCUUGAUUAUUUUCAAUAAUAAAUUGGUCAGAGUCAUAAUUUUAGAAGUUAAAAUCAAUAAAUUAUAUGUAGAUUUGGUUGAUUAUGGUAUCAAAAAAUAUAUUCCUAGAACAUCAUCAGUUUUUGAAAUACCACCCAAGUACGUUACAAUCUAUUUAAUAAAAUAACAUAUUAAUUUUUAACCUAUUAUUUACAGUUUGAAGUUAAUUGAAAUACGGUCAUUAAAUGUGAUACUAGACAAACCGAUCAAUGUUACAGUGGAUAAAACUUUGUUUAUUCAAAAAUAUUUUAAAAUGUUACCAUUGAAAAUAGAUUCUACAUUUGGUUUAUAUAAAGUGAAAUUAUUUAAAAAAACAGAUGGAAACUUUAUAAAUGUAUGUGAUACAUUGAGUAUUAUUAAUGAUGAUCAUGACUCAUUAACCAGCAAGUCUCCAGAACCUUUUUCAAUAACUGAGAUAAAUGUAAAUAUUCAAUUUUAAAUUAUUACAUAUUAUCGGCCUUUUAUAUAUUACUAUACGAAAUAUGUUAAUGAUUAAUAGUCAUCAAUUAUUUUUAAUUUUAUCUUUCAGACUAUUAUGAUAAAAUUUAUUUUUAUUGUUGUUUAUGUCUAUAUGGGAAUUGUUCAAUCAUUUGUCCCAGGAGAGAACAGUUUGGUUCUGCACAUACAUACUGAACUCCGACCAAUCCAGCAGUCGACCAAGUUGCUGUUUUCCCUACAUUUAACCAGAUGCAAUGUCAUUGAAACAUGGAAAUGUGCAACGGCGACUAGUUUUGGUCGGAGUUCUUUCUUGGGACAAACUAUAGACACUAUAUUAUAAUGUGUAAAUUAUGUAUGUAUAUGGAUUUAAUCAGUAAUUUCUUGAUAACAUAGAUUUCAUAAGGGUUGGAGGAAUUGUGUUGGUCUAAACAUUGCCUAUCAAAUAAAAAUAUUUCUUUGUUAUUAUUUGGUUAUCAAUGAAUUUUACACUCCAAAAUCCUACUGCGUUAGAAAAACUUGUCAUGUUUUAAACAAUAUUUCAAUACUUCAUGAAAACUCAUUAUCAAUUUAUAAAAAAAAAAAAAAACUACCCUUAACAUAAUAUGUUAAAUAGUCAAUUUUAAGUAAAUUUCCAUAGUUAAAUUUUCAAAUUUAAAACUUUUAGGGUCAAUUGCAAAUAUCAUAUUUAUUUUAUUGAUUGCAGAAUUUAAGAAAAUAUAUAGUAAAUAAAUGUGUGAACUGAAAAUUGUAUAAUUGUUCAGGAACGCUACUUUUCUAACGAAAUAUUAAAAAGCUAUGGAACUAUUUUUGAUAUUCAACAUGAAAUAUCUUGUUUAAUGAUGCUCUAUAAUAUAUUAUUUUGGAACAAGUUUUCUGGUAGAAAAGUUGUUCAGACAAAAAAAAACCAUAUCAUCAUAGUAAAACCAAUAGAUCCCCCGCUACAGUCCGAAUCUAAAAUAAUAAAAUAAUAAACAUUAUAAAACCAAUAAUUCCUCACUCUGUUUAGAAUCGAAAAAACAAUUUGGAACAAAUACGAUUUGUUCUUGAUGAAUGUAAAUGGUUUUAUGAACAUCUCCUUUUAUAAAAUUAUUUCUAUUUUUUCUUGUAAUCUUAGUAUUAAUGUUAAACAUAAAUUAUUUAGUUAAUAUUUGAUUAAAGUAAAUUUUAAUUUAUAUUUUUUCAUUGGUUUAAUUAGUCUCCAUACAUAAAAGUUAAUUAUACUUUUAAAACUUGUUCCGAAGUAUUUACUGUAGCAUCUUUUCUGAAAGGUAAUUCUCUCCUGUUGGUUAUUAUGAUAGUUAAAAAACACAAUGUUAACACCAUCAAAUUCAUAAUAAAUACACAGUUAAAGGUGUUAAAAUCCAUUUUCACUCUGUUCUUAGGAGUUAAUAUACACUAUCACCUUCAUCUACUCCAAUUAAUGGUAAACUCUUCUAAUAACACCUUAAUCAAUUUAUUAUUUCAGUUACUAUGAGUUAUUAGCCAUUUUCAGAUUAAUAAAAUGUUUUAUUACAUUAUAACACUGAUUCAUGCAAUAAAAUGCAUUUUCGAUAAAAUGUCAUUUAAUCGCUUUAUCCACUGAUAAUAAUUGAUUAUUAAAUUAAUUAAAUAUGAUUAUUUUUUGUGAUUAAUGUAGGUCAUACACACUGUUGUAUCUUAAUCUAUAACUAUAGUCGCAUACUCUUUAACUUAUUAUUGCAGUCUAUAUACUUAAAAUAUAGUUAAUGUUCAAAAAUGUACAUAUUUUUUACUGUUUUCUAUCUAUUUUAAUAAUUUACUUUGACUGUUAAAGUGAAUAUUUUUCAAUUAUAUGUAUAUAACCCGAACAACUAUAUUUAUUUUAAAUUAUUUUAUAUGUAUUAAUAUCUAUAUUUAUUAUAGGAGGAUUCAAAAAGUAUAGACAAAUCAAUUGAAAUUGUAUUAAUUGAUUUAAAUGACAAUAUAGAAACUUCCAUAAACUAUGUAAAAGCAAGUAUUUAUAUAAAUAAACUGAUAUCUACUAAUCAUUGUUAACUAUAAUUAAACUAUGUUAAAUCUGUUUUUAAGAAAAAAAGGUUUAAAUUUAGUUUUCAUGAUGAAAACUGAAAAUUAAGAAUAAUCUAUUACAUAUUAAAUAGAGGGAUAAUGAUUUAGGCUUAUAUUUGUAUUUGUUAGUUUACUAUACAUUUGUUAGAAUAAAUAUUUUUAGCCCAUAAUAUUUUAUGAUAGAAUUUAAUUUAUACAAUUAUUACAUAUUAUUACAAAAUAAAAAAAAAUUAACCAAUUUAAUAAAUAUUAAUAAACUAGUAAUUUUUACAGGAGGAUUUAAAAAUUAUGGAUAAAUCAAUAGAAACUUCCUUUAAUGAUUUAAAAGAAGAUAUAGAUAAUUCAAUAGACAUGUCUAUUAACAAUUUAAAAGCAAGUAUCUAUGUUAUUAAACUAAUGUACACUAACUAUAAUUAAACUACAUUAAAUAUUUGUUUCUAAGAAAAAAAAGUUAAAAUUAAAGUUUUAUAAUGAAAACGGAAAUUUCAAAAUAAUCUAUGGAAGUGGUGGUGCAAGUUCCAUUGAACACACAAUUUUCAUUAAUAUUUGUUAGUGUUCACCAUUUAUAUAUAUAUAAUUCAAUAAGUUUGCAGUAGUAGAUGUUUUCCUAAAUAAAUUUUAGAUAAAAAAAAAAAUGAGAUAAUAUCAAAUAAUUUUUCAGCUUUGUUCAUUUAGCUUCAUCUAGCUCAAUGUUUUAUUAAGGGUAAAAUAUAUAAAGUUCUUUGGCUCUUUACACAUUUUUUUUUUUUUUUAGUUGAUAUGCGCUUUGUUUGUUUGGAUCCAAUUUCAAACUUGUACAGAACAACUUGGAAUCAAAAAUAUAUGUGAAUAUUAUUCAUCAUGGGUGCAAUUUAGAGGGAGCUUGGGGGCUGCAGCUCUCCAAACUAGGGUUAUAAGGGUAGAACUAUAUGAGUAUUCAAAGUAAUGAACCCUGCACAAUAUUUUUAAAACCUGGCAUAUAUGUUUAUCAUAGUAUUUCAUUUUGCUUAAAAAACUGUCUAGUAGCUUUAACAAACAUUGGUAUUUGAAUAAAUGAACAACAAAAUGUACUGCGUACAAAAUUUAGCUGCAAAUUCACCUCACUGCAUUCACAUAGGACAUAGCGUUUGAUAGACAAGACACUCUGGUGUACAUUCUAGAGAUAGAUAACACAAGUAUAUAGUAAAUUUUGUAUCUGGAUCAUUACCUACUCCUCCCCCCCAUUUAGAUUAGUUGUGCACUGUCUCAAAAUGUGUAUACUCAAGCCAAAAUGAUCUAUAGCAUUUAAAAAGUGGGACAUAGGAUGUUUAGGUUUAUAUUUGUUUUGCCAUUUGCUAUAAAUUUUUUAAAAUAAACAGUUUUUUUCUAUAUAUUUUUUUUAUGAUAUAAUUUAAUUUAUACAAAUAGUACAUAUUUAAAAAAAAAAUAUUACUAAUUUAAUAUAAAUUAAUAAUUUUCACAGGAAGAUUCAACAACUAUGGACAAAUCAAUAAAAACUUCCUUCAAGGAUUUAAAAGAAGAUAAAGAUAUUUCAAUAAAAACUUCCAUUAACAAUUUAAAAGUAAGUAUCUAUGUAGACUGAUGUGUAUUGUAACUAUAACUAAAUUACACUAAUGCAGUGUUGCAUAAAAUAUCUAUAAAAACAGUUCGAUAACAUUUAAUAUAUAGUCUCGAUAAACCAUUAGAUGAAUAAGUUUUUUUUGAGCACUAAAGAUUAAGGUUGAAAAAAAUGUGUUUCAUGAUGGGCUAGAUUUGUUGUGAUUAUGUUGAUAAAUAAAUUUUGAAUUUUGAACCUUAGGAGAGUUAUACUUGCAUUUACUGUGUCAGUUGAUUCUACAGUAAAAGUACCUAUUAUGCAAUUUAUGUAGUACAUUAUUUUGGAGAGAUGUCAUAGGUGUUUUUUGAAUUAUGAACUAUAAAAAAGUCAAUUUUUUAAAAAACCAAAAAAUGUGUUGUAUUUUAUCAUACUGUAUAUUUCUGUAUAUUUUGAAUACUACAAAAACUUUAUGAAAUAAUUCAUCCAAAAUAAUGCUCUAUAAAUUUCAUAAUAGGUACUUGUACUCUAAAAUCAAAAUUAAGCUAGUUUUACCUAUUCCGUGAAAGCAUUGUUUUUGUUAUUUGGUAGUUUGACUGACAGUAGAUACAGUUAUAACGUCCUCUUUAGAAUUAUACUUUGAUUUUUGUCUAAUAUGAUUUUGUUUUUGUUUGUGUGCCACUAGCACGUGCACAUUACUUGUCAGCCUACCCUCAUAUGUACAAUUCAUUAAUUUAAGUUCUCACUAUAUAUUUCUAAUCUAUUAAUUAUAUAAUAUUAUAAAAACACUAAAGUAUAACACUUCAUUUUGAAAAUUGUAAUAAAAUGUAUUAGAUAAUAUUAAAAGUUUUUAAAAUUUGAUAUUAAAAGUAUUACAAAUGGGAUACAAUUUAUUAUUUAUUUUUUUAAUGUUUUUUGUCAAAGAUGACAUUGUUGAAUAAAUUAUUUAAAUAGAUUCAAUGAAAAUAUAAAUACUUGGAUGUUUAAUCUGAACAAUAUGUUGAAAUUUGUUGUUGAAUGAUUCCGAAAUGUUGGUGCAAGUAUAACUCUUUUUUGAUACUGUAUACACUCCAAUAAAUAUGGUGAGUAAAAAGUUAAUUGGAAUAUUGUUUACAUUGUUUUUAUAAUGAUUGUAUGAUAAUACAAUAUAGAUAUUCCUAAAAUAAAUAUUAUAUAAUUAUACAUACAUAAUCAUAUCAUUUUUUUAAAAUCCUAUUCAUGAAUAAGAAUGUUAAAGAAUUUGUUAAUUUCACAGCUUGUCUAAAUUGUUUAUUUUUUUUUAUAUUUUAUAGCCAGUCCUAAUUCUUGGACUAAAAUAAUAGGAUUGUUACUUUGGUUUCAUAUAAAUCUUCAAUUGCUUUUAUCCCAGGCUGAAAUCUAUUGAAAUUACUUUAGCCAAACAACAAUAUUUCAAUUUGUUUAACACGAUUAUCAAUUCUUUAUAUGUUUCUUUUAGUGUAAUAUUAAUGGUAAAUUGUUUUCCCCUAUUUAUGCAUGAAUUAAUAGAAACUUGUGGAACUCUCGUGAACAGGUUUCAAAAGUACCAUCCAUAUUUAUAUGUUUAGAUGAUGAUAAAUAUUUUAAAUAUAGUUGAGUUGUAAAAACUAAAAUUCUAUUUUUAUUUUAUUUAUUUUUUUUUGUAUGUAUUUAAGAAGAAAUUGGUGAAUCUUUUCUGCCAGUAGCCAGUGGCCUAUUUUGAAUUAUCUAAAUUUAAUUAAUUUAUUGAUUUUAAUAUGGGUAAAUGUUACUAUGAUUUCAUUUUAAACUAUUCUUUUUUAUACCUUCUUCAGAUAAAUUUGUUAAACUUUUUCCAUAAUUUUGUCUCAUUUUUUAUUCCUGUGGUUUGUUUUAAACCACUUCAUUAUUAUUCUUAAGAUUGAUAUAUUGUGAGAACUAUUCAGCAUCUACGAUCAAAAUUAAAUAACAGAAAGUUAAACUUCGAUUGAACAGAAGUUAAACAGGUAAAAUAAUUAGUGACAUUGGUGAGGGAUGAAAUAUAAUAUUUAUCACUGGAAAUAUUUCAUAAAAACUGGUUUUGUUCUGUCCAAAUUGGAACUAAAUUAAAAUUUUUUUUCUUAUCCAAUUCAUAAAUGUGAUAUUUAUAUAAAAUUUAAAAAAAGAAAUGUUUAAUUAAAAUGUUCAGUUCAAGGAAAACAAAAAUUAAUUGGGGGGACCAAUUGUCAGUUUACCUAUCAUAUCAUAUAUAUAUAUAUAUAUAUAUAAUUUUUAUCUUAUGGAAAAAAUGAUAAAACAAUUAAAAUUGUAAUAAUUUGAAUACAAUAAAAAUAAAAAAGAUUUUGUAAUUUUAUCUUAAUAUACAGUAAAUGCCUACUUACACAAAUUGAUUGUCUCUCUUUAUUCAUAUACCCCACUGCUUCCUUCUCUUAAUUGGUAGCGUUAAUUUAUGAUUUAUAUUUGUUUUGUGAAUUUAUAAUAAACCUGAAUAAUCAUUUUUAGUCUAUAUUUUUAAGAUUAAACUGAAUUUAUACAAUUAUUACUUAUAAACAAUUAAAAUAAAAAGGCUGUCCUAGGUUAAUGAGUCUGAUGCACUGUUAUGGGUAAGAAGUUGGGAAGGUAGUAAAGGAGAAAUUUAAUUUAUAUAUUAUGUACGUAAAAAUUAACUAUUGCUACCAAAAAAAGGAUUCUGAGUCGAGUUGAGUUGUUGAUAGUGUUGCUUUGUCAACAAUAUACAUAUAUUUCAUAUGGUAAAAUAAUAAAAAUGGACAUUUUUUUUAAUAAUAUUUGCUUAAUAUUGUAUCUAUGUUCCCAUUUAUUGGAAAAAUCUAAACAUUGCUUUCCCCAAUCAGAUUUGUUUUUACAAAAAGUGCUAUCAUUAUAAAUCAUAGCUAAAUUGGCGGUAGAAAAUUUUUCCUUAAAAAUUAAUAAUAAACAUUAUUUUAUUAUAAAACCCAAUGAAAGGAGUGAGGGUUUUACCCUUACUCCUUACAAAAUCUAAAAAUACCAAUUUCAUAAAUAUUAAUAAUUUUUACAGGAUUCAAAAACUAUGGAAAAAUCAAUAGAGACUUCCUUAAAUGAUUUUAGAGCAAAUAUAGACAAUUCAAUUGAAACUGCCAUAAACAAUUUAAAAGUUGGUGUAUAUGUUAAUAAACUCAUAUAGAACUUGAUUUAUUAAAAAUUACUUAUUUUAUUAAUUUAAUUUAAUUUUUCAUUUUUACAGGACACAACAAGUAUAAACAAUUCAAUAGAAACUUCUUUAAAUGAUUUUAAUGUAAAUAUCUAUGUUAAUGAACUUAUUUAUACUAAGACUAAUAAUUAAACUAUACUAAAUCUUUGGUUAUAAAAAAAAGGGGUUGAAUAUAGUUUUAAAGAUAUAGAAUUGAAAUUUCAAAAUAAUUUAUAACAUUGAUAAGUGGAAUAAUGUAAUUUAAUUUUGUAUUUUAUAUUCGUUUUCAAAUAUUCUAUAUCUUGGUGUUUGAAUAAAUUAGUUACUAAUUUUGAAAAAAAUGGAUUAUUUUAAAGUAAUCUCAGAAAUACUGAUUUUCUUUUUACCAUUCAAUUUAUAUUUUUAAAAAAUAUUGCACCAUUAUAUUUCAAUAUGUAAUAUGACCAAGUAAAAUAACAUUCUUGAAGGGAAAUUUGAUCGGGAAAACAACCAUUAAAGCUUUCCAAAAUAAGAUAUUUUCGUAAUUUAUCCAAUGUCUUAAUAAUUUUUGGUUUAUUUAAAUAUAACAAAAAAAAAAACUAAUUUUAUAAAUUGUGUUUAAUUAUUAAUUUUACAAGUGGAUACAAAGUAUAGACAAUAUAGAAACUUUUAAUCAAUUUAAAAUCAGAUAAAUAUGAUGUAUAUUAAUUUUAUUAAGUUUUCAGAAUACAGAAUAAAUUAUAUCGGGGUUUGUAAUCCUUAAACAGGUUAAAAGGUGGAACUAUGAUUCUAAUAUUGUAUACUCUUCUACUUUUUACAUGUUAAGUUUUUUUUUUUUUUUUUUUUUUUGAAAAACAACUUAAAUGUUAUAAAUUAAUUCAAAUACAUUCAAAAUUUUUAAAUUCCAAUAUGUUCAUACAUUAAUUAUUUGUUCUUUACAUUCAACAUCAGUCAAAAACAAAUUGUAUAAUAAUUAUUAAGACAUUUUUAUUUAUCUUCGAGUAAUUACUGAACAGAUAUCUCUAUUAUAAAUUUAAUUAGUAUCUUUAGUCUAGUAGUCUAUUUGGUGCUUUCUAAUAUUAAAUUGAUAAAAUUGGUCAAAAGUUAGUUUUUAAUUGUUUUUCACACCUGGUAGUGUAGACUAUAAUAAAUAAGUAACUGUAGAUUUCCUAUUAAAUAAAUACUUUCUGUAUUACUUUUUGAGCUUUUAGAUUGAAUAUAUUGUAUUUUUUUUUUUUUUUUAGAAUUUUCCAAUAUUGACUUUGAAUAGAGAAAUUUUAGAGGGUAAUUUAGAAUUGGUUGGUUCAUUAAUUGAAUACAAAUCGCCCUUCAACUUUCGCAUAAAAAAAUAUAACCCAAAUUUUUUACUUUUUAUGGACCAAAUUCUAUCAGAUUUGGAUUCUCGAUAUAUUUUGACAAAAUCUGAUGUAGUUAAAAAUAUGUAUGCAAUUUUUAAAAAUCAAUCUGAUGUUAUAUAUCGUACUCAAAUUGUUGACAUUGAUUCUGAUAUUGAAAGUUAGUUGAUUAUAUUUAUAUUACAUGUUCAAUAUAUUAUGGCAAAAAAUCUUAAUUAAGUGUAUUUAUGUAUUACAGAGAUAAGUUUACAACUGGUUGAUGAAGGAAAUAAAAUAAUCCAUGACAAUUUUAAUAAUAUAGUUUUAUAUAACUUUAUUGAGUCUGAUUGUUGUUUACCUGGACAAUUAGUAUUGGAUUGUUCCUUGAAUGACAUGUGGUUUCCAGUUUUAGACAUUGAUAUAUCAACAUUAUUAAAACCAUAUUUUAUCAAAGGAAAAUUAUAUAAUAUUCAGAUUGUAGAAACUGAUGAGUAUAAUGUCAAUUUGGUACAUAUGGUGGAAAAUGAUACCAAUAUAGAUAUUUCCAAUAGUAUACUGAAUUCUGGAAUAGGACAACGUUUAUGUGCUGCAAUGAAAACUGGUAAAGUUGAAAGUAUUUUUUUAUUUAUCUGUACCAUAAUAAACAAGUAUGUAUUAUAUUUUAAUUGUUUUCUAUUAUAAAUUCAUCUUCAUAGACGAAAACCCAUAUGAAGAGAGCUUGUUAAAAGGUCAAAGUUUUCUUUCUUAUGUUUAUCAUUAUCAUUUUAAACUAUACAUACAACCUGAACCAAAUGUUGUCAAUGAACUGGAAGCAGAAAUUUUAGAAUACUUAAAAGAAUCAACUGUUAGUUACAAAAAAAAGCUUAUUGUUGUCAUAAAUUAAAUUAUAUUAAUGUAUAAUUUAUUAUUUCACUGUUAAGGUACACAAUUCUGAACCAUUAAAUGUUAAUAGUUUACUAGAUUCAUACUGUCUAGUAACUGGCAAUAACGGUCAAUGGUAUAGAAGUAAAGUAAAGAACAUCAAUGAGAAUACUGUUAUAGUGGAAAUGUUUGAUAUUGGUUUACUGACUGAAGUGUCUUUAGAACAGGUAUUUUUUUUUUCUUUUUCCUUAGAUUUUAAUGGUGCUUAUAGAACCAUAGCUGCCAUAAGCAUUUCUUUCGAUCUUUGUUGAAAGCAAGUUUUUAAUAGACAGAUUUUUGUCCACUAUUCAAAUGUGUUUCUCUAUAGUAUCUUUCCAAUUUGUUUGUGGUUUACCUAGUAGUAUUUUCUUAUGCAUGAUUUCAGUUAAUACUUGUUUUGGUGUAUCAUUUUCGAUUUCAUCAUACAUGCUCAACUAUUCUCUUUCUUCUUAGGUAUGAUAAUGUAUUUGGUUUUCUGUUCAGCUUGUACAGGUCCUCAUUUUUUCUUCUCUCAAACGUUCUUAAUAUAUUGUUGUAUUCUGGGCCAAAAAUGCUUCUUAAACACUAGUCUUUUGUUUUAAGCCAUGUUUCUAAUAAGUGGCUUAUUUGUUUCAGAUAGCUCAUAUAAAGUAUAGUUUUUGACUUCCAUUACACUAGUUUAGACUUUGGUAACCUAUUGAUUGUACAAUAACACUUUUCCUGCUUACUAUUCUUUGCUUAUUUCUGAUUUUUACAAUUUAUGUUCACUUCCAAGUACUUAAUGUUAUCCACUUUUCAAUUGUAAAAUUGUUAACUUGUAAGUCUAGGCUGAUCUUUGUCUCUCCUAGAGAACUUUAGUUUUUUCUUUAAUUUUUUCACUAACUACUAAGAGUUUAGACAUUGUUUUAAUUUUUUUAUUUGGUCUUUUAAAAUUAAAUUCCAAUUUGUCUAGGUACACGCACAAUAUAAAAUUCAUUAUUAUUUAAAACCUAAUAUCUAUACUAUUCAUUUAUUGGUACAUAAUUACCAUUUGCUAAACUAAUUUUAUCAUUCUAUUAAAACUUUUUAGAUUCGACCAAUUUCUGAUAAAUUAAUGAAAAUCCCUCAACUUGGUCUUCAUUGUAGUUUGGAAGCCAACCAUUUGGAUGUUAAAAUUACUGAAAAAACAUUGUAUAAAAUAACUGUUAAGUCAAUCAACGACAAUGGAACGUAAGUUAAUCAAUUUUAUUUUCUAUUUAAAUAAUUCUUAAUUACUUAUUCACAUUAUAGAACAAAACAAAAAUUCACUUAGGUUUAUUUCAGUUUCUAAAAAUAUUUUGUUUUAUAUGUAUGUAUUAAAAAAUUGCCACUCAUUAGUUACCAUACAAUGGGUUAACUAUGGCCAUACAGGAUAAAAACGGUUAUUAAAUUUUAUUUGACCAUAUUGUUUGACCAUUGUCUUAAUUUUAAUUUGAUAUGAUUUUUAAAAAAUAAUUAUUGUAUCACCAACUACAACGGGAUUACUCUUCAAGAAAUUAUGUCUCCUAUUUUGCAAUUUAUCCAAUUCAGUGGAUUGGAGUUAUUAUUUUAGUAAUUUUUUUCAACAUUUUUAACCUUUGACUACUAAUGUGUAAAUAUUUAUAAUGUAGGUCAUAGAUCAUUGUUAAAGACAUACGGUCUAUCAAAUUGCACAUACUUUUAUAUACUAUGAAUCAAAAAUAAUUUGAGGUCAAUAACAUUAUGACUUAUGUUAACAGAGUCAAAAUUAUUUAAAAUUUGUAUUGAACAAUGCUUAAAAUAAAAUAUUGAAUAAUUAAGGAAUUUAUCUAAAAUAAUUAAAUUUUAAUUAUAGAUUAAAUGUAUCAAUUAAAGAACAUAGAGCUGCUCCACUUUCCAGUCCAAUUAUUCGUGGCAUUGAAAAAAUAUGUUUUGUUCAUGUUGAAGGGGAUUUGACUUACAUGCAUAGAUAUCAAGAUAAAUUCAAGAUUGAAAAAAUGUCGGAAAUCCUAUCAAAGUUAAGUGUUAAAAUUGUGUGUUCAAAUUCUUUAGUACUAGGAAAAGUAUAUAUGUUUGAAAGUCAUGGUAAAUACUAUAGAUGUGUGGUUAAAUCUACUAAUUCUAAAACGAUAGUGGUACAUUGUAUUGACUAUGGUUUUGAAAAGCAAAUUAAUAAGAAAAAGUUACAAUAUUUAGAAGAUACCAAAAUAGCAUUGUUACCAGCACUUGUCAUUGUUGUUAAGACAUUUCCAAUGGCUUUUAACAUGUCUAAUACAACAUUCCUAGCUAAUUUGCAUUUGGAUAAUGAUGGAACAUUAAAUGCCUUGCCAAACAAAACGAGUUCACUACUAAAUUCGCAAAAUGAAUUAAUAAAAUCGCUUGAAAAUGGGUGUUUGGUGAAAAUCACACAUGUAUACUCAGAUGAUGGUUGUUGGAUAGUUCCUCAUUUGUUUUUUGAUAAAUUAAAGACUAUUUCGCGAGAACUUGUCAAAAUGCAAGCAAAAAUAAUACCAGUUGAAACAGAAAUUGGCUCGUUGUGUGCUGCAUUACAUUCAAUAACAAAACAUUGGCACAGAGCUUUGAUAUUAGAUAAAGAUGAAGAAGAUAAUAAUAUUUUGUCAAUUGAUUCGGGCGAACGAUUUAAAGCAUUGAAAACUACUAGAUUAGUUGGUGAAAUUCAGAAAAUACCAAAUUGUGCCAUGCGCUGUAAAAUUGUAUCAAAUGUAGAUGUUAAAUCAUUAUUAAAUAAAGAAGUUAAAUGUAAACUAAUUUCCUAUACUCAACCAUUGCUUGAGGUAGAAUUGUUGACAGACCAUAUGGAUAUAGUUGAGAUUAUUCCUACUCAACCAGUGGUGGAGUGUGUGGUUACCAUUAGUAGUUUUGAAUCAUUUGAAGAGUUCUGGAUUAAAAAAUGUAAUGACAACCCAUUAAAUAGUAUUGCAGAUGAAUUAGAUGAUUUUACACAACAGCUAUCUAUUGGUACAUUAGUGGCAGCAAUAACUGAUAUUGGAGAUGGUAUAUGGUAUGAGUGUGAAGUGUUGUCCCCUAUCUAUUCCCAUUUAGAUUCAUCCCCUUGUGCUAUUGUCCGGAUUGUAAACAACGGUAAUAUUUGCCAAACAAAAAAAAUAAAAGUUCUUCCGUAUUAUUUAUCUAGUCGUAAAUCUUAUCGCUGUCAUCUGGGAAAAAAUGUGGAGGACUAUUCUGACAUUAUGACUUCUGUAAAUUUAGUGAGUAUUAGAAAGACUAUGAUGAAAUUGCAUUGGACAAUGAAAACAACAAGUAAAAAUGAACCAUAUGUAGUAACAUUGACUUACAAUAACCUUGAUUGUAUUGAUUUAUUACGUAAAAACAUCAAUGACUUUGAAAUUUCUAAUAAUAUUAAAUCAUCAGAAAUAAAUUCCAAUGUGCAUGGUAUGGAUAAUAUUGAACAUACUGAAGAAUCUAUCUCGAAAAAUUUGAGUAAUGGCAUUUUAAUGGAAAACUCUAGCAAGAAAGAUAUCAUUUUUCCUGACGUUGAAAUUGUGACAAUCAAGCAGGUUGAUACAAUCCAAUAUUUUUAUGCACAUUCUAAGAGUUUAUCAGAUUUAUAUGAGGAAAAAAUCAACUACAAUUUGGAAAUAUGUAUAAUUGAAUUGCCAUUAAAACAUAGUAUGGUUGGCACCAUUGUGGUUACAUCUAGCAAGAGUUUAAAUUGUUGGUGUAGAGCCAAAAUAGAUAAAAUUUAUUCUGAUGGUCGAGUUGCUCAUUGUUAUUUAGUGGAUUAUGGCUUCUAUGAAAAUUGCUAUGAGUUCUAUAAACCCACUGAUUUCCUUUGUUCUUGUCCUCCUAUAGUUAGACGCUGCUCGUUAUACGCGCCUUCAUUAAUCAGUAAAUCAAAUGAAGUUUGGUUUUCCAACAUCGAUGAGAUGUUCAAAGAUAUCUUAACCAUUGACAAUAUUCAAUUUGAUAUGAUUAUAAAAAAAGACGGAGAUCCUUGUUUGGUCACCUUACUGCUAGAUGACAGCGAUGUAUACAAAAUGCUGCAUCCAAUACAUGUUCAAGUGACAUACAUCAACUCGUUUGUUGAUUUCAAGAUUAAAGCAUUGUCUCCUCAUCAGAAGGCGGUUACUGAAUUUAUGGAUGAUAAUAAUAUUAAAUUUAAAAAUAAAAAACCAUCAAUGGAGAUGGUAAAAACCCCUAUAACUGACAGAAUAUAUCUUGCCCGUAUUAAUUCAAAUUUUAAACGCGUAAAAUUUGAUUCAAUUGAUGGUAUUAAAUAUGUAGUAGUCGACAUUGACGAUACAUUAGAUCAUUUGUCAGUGGAUAAUUUAUAUGAACUACCACAAAAUUUACGGCAAUUGCCUGUCUUCACAAUGUCUUGUUCAUUGAUAUUAAAUAAUCCAGACGAGUAUUCAUUGACUAAGUUCUGUACAUUGGCUUAUAGUAAAGUUACAUUUCUUAUGUGCAUUAUCACUGAGAGUAGUGGCGGUAGAUAUCCAAAUCACGUUAAACUUUACCUUGACAACAAGGACGUUCUGGAUAUUUUAAAAAUCUAA